AUGGCCUAUUCAGCCGCGGACCCCUCUACUUGCGCUCUCGAUGGCUUCCGGACUGCGAUUGCUGAGCGUGUUGCCGCUGCUCUCAGUCCACUAACUUCCGACCAAGUGUAUUCUGGUGUAGAUUAUGGUAAAAAGGGCGUGGAUUUCACUAUCGCUCUACCGCGAUUCAAGAUGGGCAAGCCGGAUGAUCUGGCGGCUAAAGUACUUGCCCAGUUCAAACCCGAUGACUACGUCGAGUCUGUGACCCAUGACAAGGCUUUCCUCCACUUCCAAUGCACGUCCUCUACCCUAAUACGCAACAUCCUCACCCAAGUACACUCGCUUACCCAUCUUUCGCCGACACCAUGCUACGGCAGCAACACAUUAGGCAAAGGCAAAAAAGUCGUCAUUGAGUAUUCCUCUCCCAACAUCGCGAAGUCUUUCCAUGUUGGCCACCUGCGGAGCACAAUCAUAGGAGGAUUUCUAGCCAAUCUAUACAAAGCCUGCGGGUGGGAUGUCGUCUCGAUGAAUUAUCUUGGCGACUGGGGCACACAGUUUGGCCUUAUUGCUACUGGUUUCGAAAAGUAUGGAUCGGCGGAGGAACUCAAAAAGGACGCGAUAAAACACCUGUUCGAAGUUUAUGUCAAAGUCAACAAGGAUGCUGACGCGGAUCCGGAGGUCAAGGCAGAGGCUUCUAGGUGGUUCAAGCGGAUGGAAGACGGAGACGAAUCUGCUCUGAAAAACUGGCGAAUAUGGCGGGAGUUGAGCGUCAAGAAAUACAUCGAGGAAUAUGACCGGCUGAACAUCGCCUUUGACGAGUACACUGGAGAGAGUAAAGUUGGGAAAGAGUGGCAAGACAAGGCUCUUGCGCGCUUGGACGAGUUGGGCCUCAUUGAGGAUGUUGAUGGUGCCAAGAUUGUGAAUCUUGAACAGUGGAAGAUGGGAAGGGCGGUCCUGAGGAAACGAGACGGAACGUCGAUUUACCUGACUCGGGAUAUUGGCGGUGCCAUUGAACGCUACGAAAAAUACCAAUUCGACAAAAUGAUUUACGUCGUCUCAUCACAGCAAGACCUCCACUUGUCUCAAUUUUUCAAGAUACUCGAGCUCAUGCAGUUUCCUUGGGCUGCAUCCUUACAACAUGUCAACUACGGUUUGGUUCAGGGCAUGAGCACUCGCAAAGGCACCGUCGUCUUUUUGGACCAAAUUAUCAAGGAAGCGGGCCAGGUAAUGCAUGAACAAAUGCAAAAAAACGAAGAAAAGUACAAAGCUGUCGAGGACCCAGAGAACGUCAGCCUGGAAAUUGGCAUCACUGGUGUCAAAAUUCAAGACAUGGCAGCAAAAAGAAUCAACAACUACACCUUCAACUGGGACCGAAUGAAGUCUUUUGAAGGAGACACUGGCCCCUAUCUUCAAUAUGCGCACGUCCGGUUAUCAUCUAUAGCGCGAAAGAACCCGAACCUCUAUCCUUUACCUCCACCAUCACAAAUCGACAUUGCGUCUUUGGCAACGUCGUCUCACGCCAGGGAAAUUGUCUUCUUACUGGGCACCUACCCCGAUGUAGUCAAGGUCGCAAUGAAGACACAGGAACCAAGCGGGGUUGUGACCUUUCUCUUCCGACUCAGUCACGCCAUUUCCAGCGCCUGGGAAGUGCUGGUAGUUAAGGGAGAGGAGGACAUCCAGAAAGCACGUGCGCGUUUGUGGAUGUACGAGUGCGCCAGGGACGUUUUGGGCUCUGGAAUGCGGUUGUUAAGCAUCCGGCCAUUAGAUCGUAUGUAG